CUCCGGCUAAAUCGGAGAAAGGAAGUUAGUAUAAUAAUAACACAUUGGAUUGAGGGAAGAAUGAGAAGAGAAGUGAGAAGAAAUGGAGGAGUCAUGCGCGCUGUGUAAGAAGAGGGCGGCGAUGUUGUGCGACGCGGACCAGGCAAAGCUGUGCUGGGAGUGCGACGGCAAAGUUCACAGCGCCAAUUUCUUGGUGGCGAGGCAUUCUCGUGUGCUUCUGUGUCGUUCGUGUCAUUCUCUCACUCCCUGGAAAGCCUCCGGCACCAAACUCACGCCCUCCAUCUCCUUUUGUCAACCUUGUCUCGGGGAUCGAACUGCCAGGUUGCGGCUCUUGGUCAACGAUGUUCCCCAACCACAAAAAGAAGGGGAGAAUGAAGCGCCUCCACCGUCCUCUGCUUCUGCCACGUCACCACCCCGUCCUUCCGCUUUACCAUUAAGAAAUCACUCUUCCUCUAUCGAUUCUCAUGAUGAGACAGCGUGUUCUUCGUCACAGAUGCUUGAUGCUAACCAGGGCAGUAGGGAUGGAACCUCUGAGCCUACUGAAGAGACGACGAAGGAUGAAAUACUUUGA